CUUGUCCUACCUUAUCCGCCUGACCACUUUCGGGGCGUGUCUACUCCCUAUUUGCUCGCCUCGUUGCCUUUGCUUUCUCCCCCCCUUUAGCCCUCGUGCCUUUUCAUAUUAUCAACCCGACACCACUUUCUUCCUUGCUUCCUCCCACCCCCAAACUUCCUACCCAUACCACUUCCGCUCCGCAGAAAAAGAAAACAGGAGCGUUAUCGUCUUUAACGCCUUGAAUCGACGUGGUUCAGGCGAGUAGGAAGACUCUGCCCCUGCCACCUACUGGUUACUGUUUUAUCGAUAUUUACUUCGGUUCCAGGCCCUCACCGAGCUAAUAUGCUGCCGGUUGACCACGACUCUUCUUGAUCUAUACCCACCCGCCGUCCCUUCCCAUCCAAACCCCUCCGGCCUACCGCUUCGCGACCGUCCCUAAACUCCCCAUUCGACAACAUUACCAGCGGCGUGUCUCUGCUCUGCUUGUCUAUUCGAUACCCCUCAAGAUCUUCAACAUGGUCGACGAUUCAGCAUUGGCCGCCGCCGCUGCCAUCGUGCAGUCCCUUGCCGCCGAUGGCACCACGCCCAUGUCUCUUCCCUUCAAGGUCGAUGCGCGAAUCGAACUUCCCGGUCGUGAUACCCCUGCCAAACGAAGUCUCGAGAACGAGCUCGCCAAGCUCGCCCAAAGAAUCGAGAAACUCGAGAACCGAGCCCACGCCUCUGUGGCCUUCCCGGAGACGCCCAACGAAGUUCACGAUUCUCUCUUCGCCGACGACUCCGAGGGCACAUCACCGUCAUCGUCCAACAGUCGUCCUAUUUCCAGGCCCAAGUUCCAACGCGAAGCCUUGGAAAGCUUGCAAGAGAAGGUGCUUGAUCAGGAGAAAGGCAUUUCCAGCGCCAGACAGGAAAUCAGCAGUGUAAGCGCUCAGCUUCUCGAGCAAAAGGAACUCCAGGAACAGGCUUUCUUCAAGAUCGAACAGGAGCGAGUUGCUACUCUGGAACGGGAACUAUGGAAGCACCAAAAGGCAAAUGAGGCCUUCCAAAAGGCCCUGCGAGAAAUCGGUGAGAUUGUUACUGCUGUUGCGCGCGGAGACCUGUCCAAGAAGGUCCGCAUGAACACCGUCGAAAUGGAUCCCGAAAUCACGACUUUCAAAAGGACAAUCAACACUAUGAUGGAUCAGCUGCAGGUUUUCUCAAGCGAAGUCUCUCGCGUCGCCCGCGAAGUCGGAACCGAAGGUUUGCUCGGCGGUCAGGCUCGCAUCGAAGGUGUCGACGGCACCUGGAAAGAACUCACGGACAACGUCAACGUCAUGGCUCAAAAUCUUACGGAUCAAGUGCGAGAAAUCGCAUCGGUAACAACUGCUGUCGCCCAUGGUGACUUGACCAAGAAAAUCGAACGCCCUGCCAGAGGAGAAAUCCUGCAACUGCAACAAACGAUCAAUACCAUGGUAGACCAACUGCGAACUUUUGCCUCUGAAGUCACUCGAGUCGCUCGCGAUGUCGGAACCGAGGGUAUUCUUGGUGGUCAAGCCGACGUCGAAGGGGUCAAGGGGAUGUGGAAUGAACUAACAGUCAACGUCAACGCCAUGGCAAAUAAUUUAACCACACAAGUGCGAGAUAUCAUUAAGGUAACCACAGCCGUGGCCAAGGGCGACCUUACGCAAAAGGUUCAAGCGGAUUGCAGGGGCGAAAUCUUUGAUCUCAAGUCCACCAUCAACUCCAUGGUAAAUCAACUCCAACAGUUCGCCCGCGAGGUCACCAAGAUUGCCAGAGAGGUUGGCACGGAAGGCAGGCUCGGUGGUCAGGCCACCGUCCACGACGUCGAAGGAACCUGGAGAGACCUCACCGAAAAUGUCAACGGCAUGGCGAUGAACUUGACGACACAAGUACGCGCAAUUGCCAAGGUCACCACCGCUGUCGCGAAUGGUGACCUUACUGAAAAAAUCAGAGUGCCUGUGAGAGGUGAAAUUCUUGAUCUCAAGAAUACCAUCAACACCAUGGUUGACCGUCUUGGAACCUUUGCUUUCGAGGUCAGCAAAGUCGCCAGGGAAGUCGGCACGGACGGAACUCUCGGCGGACAAGCCCAAGUCGACAACGUAGAAGGCAAAUGGAAAGAUCUCACCGAAAACGUCAAUACCAUGGCAUCCAACCUAACCUUACAAGUCCGAAGCAUUUCGACUGUUACCCAGGCCAUUGCCAACGGCGACAUGAGCCAGAAGAUCGAGGUGGAGGCGCAAGGAGAGAUACGGGUUCUCAAGGAAACCAUAAACAACAUGGUUGACCGGCUCUCCAACUUCUGCAACGAGGUACAAAGAGUUGCCAGGGACGUCGGCGUCGACGGCAAGAUGGGUGCUCAAGCAGACCCAGCCGGUCUGAAGGGUCGUUGGCGCGAGAUCACGACAGACGUCAAUACCAUGGCUAGCAAUUUGACAACUCAAGUGCGCGCAUUCUCUGAUAUCACGAACCUCGCGACAGACGGGGACUUUACGAAAUUGGUCGAAGUCGAAGCCUCCGGUGAAAUGGACGAGCUCAAACGAAAGAUCAAUCAGAUGGUGUCCAAUUUACGGGAUAGUAUCCAGAGGAAUACGCAAGCUCGUGAAGCAGCAGAACUGGCCAACAAGACGAAGUCGGAGUUCCUGGCAAAUAUGUCUCACGAGAUUCGCACACCCAUGAAUGGCAUCAUCGGCAUGACGCAACUGACACUGGAUACGGAUUUGACACAGUAUCAACGAGAGAUGUUGAACAUUGUCAACAGUCUAGCGAACAGUCUGUUGACAAUCAUUGAUGACAUUUUGGAUUUGUCCAAGAUUGAGGCCCGCAGAAUGGUCAUCGAAGAGAUUCCUUACACGUUGCGUGGAACAGUGUUCAACGCACUGAAAACCCUAGCCGUCAAGGCGAACGAGAAGUUCCUCGACCUCACGUAUCGCGUUGACAGCUCUGUACCAGACCACGUCAUUGGAGAUUCAUUCCGUCUGAGGCAGAUCAUUCUCAACCUAGUCGGCAACGCCAUCAAGUUCACGGAGCACGGCGAGGUUAGCUUGACCAUUAAGAAGGCAGAUCCUGUGGUUUGGGCUUGCAACCCUGACCAGUACGCCAUCGAAUUCAUCGUCACCGACACCGGUAUUGGCAUUGCAGCCGACAAACUUGAUCUCAUCUUCGACACAUUCCAGCAGGCCGAUGGUUCCAUGACCAGGAAGUUCGGCGGUACCGGUCUCGGCUUGUCCAUCUCGAAACGUCUCGUCAAGCUCAUGGGCGGCGACUUGUGGGUCAAGAGCCAACACGGUCAGGGCAGUGAGUUUCACUUCACGUGUCGCGUCCGUUUGUCGGAUCUCGGCGUCGAGGUCAUCGAGAAGCAGAUCAAGCCAUACAAGGGCCACGAGGUUCUCUUUGUCGACAAGGCGCAGUCGGGCUACGGAACUCAGAUCAAGACGAUGCUGUCCACCAUUGGCUUGAAGCCGGUUGUUGUCGAGUCGGAGAAGGACCCGUUGCUUACCGGCGUCCGGGACGCUCAGGCAAUGCCAUACGAUGUCAUCAUUGUCGACUCCAUCGACACAGCCAGGAGGCUCAGAUCGGUCGACGACUUCAAGUACCUGCCAAUCGUUCUCCUGGCGCCCGUUGUCCAUGUGAACCUCAAGUCCUGCUUGGAUUUGGGAAUCACGUCGUACAUGACGACGCCCUGCACCGCUGUUGAUCUCGGCAACGGAAUGAUCCCUGCCCUCGAGAACCGCGCCACGCCUUCUCUGGCCGACAACACCAAAUCGUUCGAAAUCCUGCUUGCUGAAGACAACCGAGUCAACCAGAGGCUUGCCGUCAAGAUUCUUGAAAAGUACCAUCAUGUGGUCACCGUCGUCGGCAACGGUCUUGAGGCGGUGGAGGCCAUCAAGAGGAAGAAGUUCGAUGUCAUUCUCAUGGAUGUCCAGAUGCCAAUCAUGGGCGGUUUUGAGGCAACAGGCAAGAUCCGCGAGUACGAGCGAAGCUUGGGCUCGCACCGUACUCCCAUCAUUGCCCUGACAGCCCACGCCAUGAUGGGUGACCGUGAAAAAUGCAUCCAGGCACAGAUGGACGAGUACUUGUCCAAACCUCUGCAGCAAAACCACCUUAUCCAGACCAUUCUCAAGUGCGCGACCCUCGGUGGCCAGCUGCUGGAGAAGAACCGAGAGAGGGAUACGGCUCAGCAGCCAAGAGCAAAGGCGGCCACCAACGAGCAUCCCCAGUCUCAGCUUCGCCCACCUCUGGAGACCAGAGCCUUCACCUCAAAAGAACCAAUCACAGGACCCAGCCCAGCCAGCCCAGCGUUGGUCUCGGCGGAUCAGGAAGAUCCCAUUUCCAGGGCACGUAAUGGCCUUUCCGACUCGCGCAGCCUAACAAGCUAACUUGGUUUCUUGUUCGUGCGCGCAGCUGCUACUGAGGUCACAUAGUUCCUAACUGGGAUGUGCAGGGACAGGCUCAGAAAAAACGCAAGUGGCGACCCGAAUAAGCAAACCGACUUGGCAUAGUUUGUUGUUUUCGUUUCGAUGAAAUACCCAACAAAGUUACAAGAGCAUUGGUUGAGAGAACGCAUGGGCAUCGCCGCUUCCCUGUUUUUAUCCGAAUCUCCUAUAAACGCGCGCGCACACACACGUACACACAAGCGCCAGACAUAUCUACACAUACGACCCGACGUGUCUCCUAUCGGCAGAAGGCAUAUUUCGAUACGAGUCACUGUUUUAAGUUUCGUUAUAAACGCAGGUGUGCAUAGUGUUCCAACCCACAAAGCAAGCAGCUUGUCUUAGCUUGCUUACUUGCUUGGUCACUCAAAUCUCAAGAUGGGUACGCACACAGAUGGGCAUUUGGGCUACAAGGAUGGGAGGCCGUUGGGAGUUUUCGAUUUCAUGUUUGUCUUUUAUCAACGAAGGAGGGGGGGGGAGCAGAUGCCAUGCUGCCCUCGCUUUUUCCCUUCUUGUUAACUUGUAGUUUUACUUUUGAAUGCCGUGCUUGCAAGAGGGGGGAUACAAGUCUUGCAGUGAGCAUGCCGACUGCUUCUUCAUAUCGCAAACGUAUGGAGAAACAACCGUCUGCAGGCAUCAUCUUCUACGACAUGACAAGAGACUCUAGAGUAGCCCAAGUCCGUUUUGAGGGUUCUGAACAAGAUGGGGAGGACUGAGAAACAAGUUGCUGUUUCUCUUGGGAAUGAACAUAGGAGGUGGUUAACAGGAAGAGGGAGAGACGGAGUCGUGUUUCCUUCCUUUCAGAUCAGCUUACCAGCAACAAGGGCGUAAGAUAGGGAUGGGGCAGAGUUUACAUCACUGAUAUCGAAAAGCCGGACCGUUUUGGCCUGGCUGAACACGCAGACUCCCGAUGCGAUUGUCGUGUUGUGAUUGUGACCCCUCUUGCGUAACGAUGCCAUCCAUUCUGGGUUGUCAUAUUUACUUAUGUGAUGGGUGCGUUUCUUGAUAUGCGUCUGGCCAGCCCCUUCCUUCCUGUCCGGCUCCACUCCCACGGUCCUCCGGGCCGAUGGCAGUCGAUUAAGUAUCAACCGCUACC